GUAAUGUGUUUUUAAAAGUCAAAUAGAUUUGUUGUCUCAGCCCCGCCAUUUUCGUAAGAAAAAAACAAAUUGCAGAAAGAUGGGAUGCAGAUAACAAUUUUUCCUUUAAAUUUUGGAUAUAUAUUGAAAAAGGGUGGUGUAUAUAAUUUGUUUUUGAAUGAUAAAAAGAUUUGUUGUCGACCAAGCAUUAAAUAUUAUUUUUGCGUAAUUUUGUGUUAUUUUUAUUUAUUUCUUUGUUUUAAUAAAUUAUUUGUUUUACUUCCUUUUUAUUAUUUACUUUAAUGUUUUAUUGCAUUUAAAAUAUUUUAUUUUCUCGAAAUUAAUUUCAAAAAAUUUUAAAAGUUAAUAAAAUGACUAAUUUUGAAGAAAAAUUUCUUGAUGGUCCAAAUGUUGGUUAUUGCUCUUCUUCAGAUGAUGAACAAACUGUGCCUAAAAAAGAUCAAGUUUUAUCCAAAAACUCUUCAAAAUAUCAAAAAACAGAAAGAACUGGACCAAAAGGUGUUUUGGCUGAUUAUCAACUUUCUGAACAAGAAAAAUUUAUCGAACAAAGAGCAAAGGAAGCAGCGGUUAUUUUUUCUUAAUUUUAUUUAUUUUUUGGAUUGUUUUUGGAAGUAUGGGCUGCCUUGAUUGUUGGGCGCUUGAUGCUAUUUUGGGCUAAUUACUGGCCUUGGGGAAUGCUCCAUUUUUUGGAAUUUUUGUCCGCAAAAUUUCUCCGCAAACUUGAAAUCCUUUUUCCGGUCUUGACCGUUUUUAGCUCGGACACCUCGCAACCUUCC